GUCUUUAUAAAGGUGGAUGUUUUUAUUUUUGUGGACUAUUUUCCUGUGAACGUUGCUCGAGUUGGUCUAGUGCUUGUUCGACUUCUUAUAUAUAGUGAAAUACGAAAUGUUACGUAAACUCAACAUCUUCGCUACAAGGCUGGCAGCCCUGAUAGUGCUGCAUGCCGCCGGCGCUGGACUGGCGUCUCCAACAGUACUGAUCACGAGACCUGUCUCCAGGAUGCCUGUGGAGUGGCUGCCGGUUGAUAACCAGACUUUGUAUAGGCUGGGAGAGGGGGAGACAAGAAGCUUGGAGCUCAACACCACGGCCACUUCGCACACGCCAGUCUUCAUAACAGUGAGUCCUUGCACCAGAGACUUCAGGUGGAUGGUGUUCCAUGGCGCUCAUAAAGAAGGUCCCUUAACGCUGUUAAAGGAAUACAAUGGCGGUGUCACCAACACAUUUUCAACUUUCGUUUCACAGCACGAUAGAUAUAUUCUUCAGAUGUCUACAUCAAGAGGCGGAUCAGCGGCAGUGAGUGUUAGGGGUGAAACCACUAGAACGGUUCGGAUGCGGUUGCGAGUCAGGUCAAGACGCAGGCUGACCGCAAAUUGGGAGCCCAGCCCAAUCGACCCACAAGCAACCAAGUACUGCGUUGUCGCGUCUCGUGUCAAGAACUACACGUCACUAUGCGCAGCACAAAUCGACAUAAAGAUGAAUAGAAUAGAAAAUAAAUCCAAUAGGUUGAACCCAGAUGUGGCUCAAUUGAACCUAGAGGUAGAACAAUUCAAUCAAGAUGUCAAUAGAUUGAAUACACGAAAUAAAAUAAAUAAUACAAGAUUAAGCGCUGAAGUCGAUAAUUCUUUAGAAAUGGACGCUAGUUUCGGGAUGUAUGGUGGCGAAUUUAAAAACUUGUACCGAAGAAAGAAGUUUGGAAGGAGUACAAAAGCGACUGACGGCGAUCCAGUUAUAGCUUGCGUUGGAGAUAGAACACAUCAUGUGAUUGAAAACUUGGACCCAAGUACCACCUACUACGUAAGCGUGUUCGGGGUAGCUCGAGAUAGGAGAAUCGGCACUUUGCUGGCUUCAGGGAGCGUUCGACCCAGGACUUCUACGGCGAAGAGGCUGAAAGAAAACGUCCCGUUUAGAGCAGAGGUCCGGGGGAAAAGUGUCUAUUAUUUUAAGACUACCGUGGCUUCAGGCGGUGGUCUCUGGCUCACCGUAUCGGCGUGUGGUGGAGCUGUGGACGUUGAAGUUUUGGUCAGAGGGAAGAGGUUACAUUUCUCCAAAAAUAUUGAAUCCCACUCAAAGUUCUUUGUCCCCGGACCGAUUCCUACGUCGUCUAUACAAGAGACGAGCGAGGAGAGUUCUAUACAAUUCGAUUCAAGUUCUGAAGAGGCCAGAAUGCGGUAUGUCAUCAAAGUGGUCCCGAGUAGAUGGGAUAAGGAUGGGAGUGUUAACAUUGAGAUAUCAGCGUCAACAACGAGAUGGGGAAUGACUACGCCGGAAUUGUUGGAAGAGGGCGCUAUAGUACGGGAGCUAAGGCCCAAGAGGACUUGUCGAUCUGUCGACGUUGCGUUUUUGCCGGCGACUCAUAAUGCCACCGAUGUUAUAAGAUAUUGCAUCUCGGUUCGCGAGAACGCGAUAGGUGACAACUUUUCAUGCUUUUUCUCAAAAAGAUCGAAUUUAAAGACUACGUGUCUCAACCAGUUACAACGGACGCAAGAAAAGGUGAUCGUCCAAAAAGUGAGCGGGCUAAAACCUGGAAGGAAAUACGCCAUCCAAGUGACAGCGUCUGGAAGAGGAAGCUCGGUGCCAUACAACAUUUUGUACGCAGACACCAAUAUGUCGUGCAAGGACGAUUUGAUAUGA